CCAAGAGCAGAGAGGGCUCCGCGCGAAAUCGGUUACCUUUAUAACCCGGCCCCCGGUCGUCACGUUUCCGGUCACCGCACGGCUCGUCGUCCCCUCCUGCAGCUGCACCCGCUGCACGUCGCCUCUCCCACGUCUCCCAAAGAAUCUCCUUCACCGAUGACUCCUCCGGCUCACAUGGAUCACCAGCCGGACAUAGCGCUGGCCGAGGCGGCGGCGGGCGGCAUCGCCUCCCCGGUGCGGCAGCGCAGGGGGUGGCUCCGGCGGAUGUACUCGCCCGUGGGCGCCCCCGAGCAGGCGGCGGCCGUGGGUGUGGGCGCCGCCAACGACGACAGGAGGCCGCGGCGGGGCGGGUGGCUGCGGCGGCGGCUGGUGCCGUUGGAGCACGCGCUGCGGCGGCGGUGGAAGGUGCUGAGCGGCGCGCCGUCGAGGCUGGCGGCCGGGCUCCCGCGGUGGAAGCGGGUGUCGGUCGGCGGCGGCUGGGCGCCGGCGCUGCUCGACGCCGCCGCGUUCCGCGUCAUGUACGUGGUCGAGGCCGUCGUGCUCGGCCUCGCGCUCUCCUGCUUCUUCUGCUGCUGCGGCUGCCAGAUAUGAGAUCGCGUGCGCCCGCCGCCUUAGUUCUUGGCUCGCGUCCUUCCGAUCCCGCUCCGCCGAUGCGGCGGGCCUGUAAGUUCCGGCUCAUCGCUCCAUGAUUAUUGGCUUCUGCUAGCUGCUUUUGUAAGUUGUAACGGUGUAAAGCUUUCGCCCUCGAUUACCAAGACUAGAAAUUUUUCCGAUCGCGGCUCCGACUUCAUACUAGCUGGUCGGCGUUUCAACGUUGGUCGGAUGAAACCGGGCGGCGUUGCUUGCGCAUUGCUGCCGGGGAGGGGACGCUCUUGGCCGGGCUUGCUUGCAUAGUUCAUAGUUGCAUAACGCGGGCGGCGCUUGCAUGCGAACACGGUGUCUGCCAGUGUGUUUGCCGAUCACCGUUGCCUGAUGCGUCAGCAAAGAUUGCGCCGCCGUUUGCCUGCGAACAUGGCCCCAUGGGUUUCGUAGUCAGAGACAGGGCGAUGGGCAAGGCGUGCUGGCGGGCGGGCGCUGGACGACUGCUCUUCGAGGAAGCUAGAGAGAUUAUGUCCAUGCAUUUUGUUUGGGGUGACGUUUUUCGUCGUCCGCGAUCUCGUAACAAAUGUGCUCAUGGUGCGUUAAGUUGCGACCCGUAUCACUCACGAGUCUGGGUUGAUCCCCUCCCUAGUUCAGUAAAUCUGAUGGCGACCGUGAUAUUGCCCUUGCAUGGGCUGUUGUUUUUUCUCCCCCCUCCCCUGCUGUUCUACCUGUAACCGACAUGUAACAACCUGCUCAUGUAUAUGCUAUGAAAGGAAAUGAAAAAGGUGGGGAUGCUCCCCCCCCCCCCCCCCCCGAAUUUCUAAAAAAAAAUCCGAUGGCAGAUAUCUCUCUAAUCUCUCUAAUCCAGUGGUCACGUCAAGAUUGUGUCGUCCUCAUGGCAGAUAUCUCUGUAAUUGGCGGAUAUCUCUGUAAUUAGCAGCACGUCAAGAAAUACAGUGCCUUAUAUUUCACCAGGGAUGUAUUUUGUUUGAGUUUUA